AUGUUUCCGGCUUCUCUAUUGCGGAUCAACUCCGGAUCAUUCUACAAGCAGUUCGACUUUGAACGGUGCGAUCAUCGCUGUAAUGAACUUGAAUCGAAAGCUGCGAGUCCGGUGACCUGGGCGCGGCUCCCAUUGUCCGAUGGAAUCGUGUUGCUUCCCAAUACAUUCACAAUGCAGGAAAUCAUUAGAACCGCUAUGGAUAACUAUGAUCUUGAUAUUGAAGAAGGAUCUGAUGUCGAUCGUCCAUACAUUUUUACCGUGCCAAAGGGCAAGUCUCUCCUCGAGUUCUCGUUUGGAACCCUGGUUCCAGACACACUUGCAUUAUACAGGAAUAAUAUUGCGCACUUUUCUCUCAAGCCAGCACGACCUAUGCCAAAUGACGCCUAUGUGGAGAUACUAUCGAAAUUUUACACAGAGCAUGCUCUGAAGGAAGACGCCGACGAAUGGCUUAGUAGCCACAGCUUUCAAAAUGCAGUUUCGGACGAAAACGAAUCUAAGUGGAUGAUGGACUGA